AUGAACAAUAUCCUUAAACCUUGUUCAGAAUGAAGGUAGUUCAAUUAUUACUUUAUAAUUCAAGCUUCAAAUGGAUAUUUAAAGAAAAACAUCUACGAUGGAAAUAGUCUAUUCAUGAAAAUAUUAUGUACAUACAUACAUACGUGAAAAGCGACUGAAUAUGGAAUAUAGAAAAGAUCAACUUAGUUUAAGGAAUAUAAAUCAGAAAAAAGAAAACUGAUAAUAACAUGUUAGUUAAUAACCUCCUUUGCUGUUGUCUCUUUUAAGCCAAGGGAUACUUGAAAGAAUCUUAAAUUCAAUAAUAUAUCAUAUAUUAGUAAAGUGCUUGAAAUUACCUGAAGUUAAGAAACUUAAUUAUCAUGAAAACAAGCGUAGAAAUUUGGAAGAAUAUUUCAAACCAAGCAAAAUAGCAAGUUUUUCGUACCCCAGCCGCUUGAAUUCAGUUAAUUGACUAAUGCGAAUGAACUUUUAGCAUAAAGGUAUAAAGAAUAAAGAUAGUGUACGCGAGUGAUAUGUCAUGUGUUCUAUAUUACCGUUUAAGCGAAUGCGAUAUGGGAAUAGAGAGAGAACGCUGCAUAGAGGUCUCCUCUAUCUUUGUCUUAUCAGACACACACACUGACGCUGCUCAUUGAUCAGUAUUACUAUUUUACACAUAUUUACUACAAGCGUGCAAGCGUUAUUAUACAUGGAAAUAAGAGGUCUCAUAUGCAGCGUUUUUUCUGUUUUUUUUUAUUUCUAUGACUUAAUUAUCCGUGAAAUUGCUAUUCUUAGACUCGUUAUACGUGAACUAAUGCACAUGACGACGCGAUCUGUCAGAUUGCAAGAUUAUCUUGUGCUGUGUUUUUCUUUUGCAUAUUUAUUGCCAAAGAGCUUUUACGUAGUAAGGUUACAAUACAAAUAGUGUGAAGUUAACGUACAAGUUAUCAUAUAUCGUACACUUAAGAACUAAUGGCUCGAUAAGGAGUUCUCGUAGUCUUAUAACAAGAAAAUGAAAAUAUGCAAUCCGAUGUUGUGCUGUGUUUCGCAUACGGGCAAUGCAAUGCCGCCGUGACAAAAUUGAUGUAUAAUGUAUGAUAUAUAAUCGUAAAUUUAAUCCAAGGACGAUCGGUAAUGGUUUUAGACAAAGGAACAAGCUAGGAGUGAGAAACAUAAUUCAGACGUCUUUGAACGCCUUAAAAAUUAAGAUAAACUGCAUAAACCCGGACGGUCGUUUGUUUUAGGUUUUUUCAGGCUAUGGAUUUGCAGAGGAACACAGCAGCUAGAUUAGUGGAUAUUUGCGCCUACAUAAAAUGUAACAACAGUCGACUUCGAGGAAAUCAUCUUUAUUGCUUUCCGAAAGAAAACAAUCCGCUUCGUAAAGAAUGGAUUUCAAGAGUUGGCAAUCCAGCUCUACAAUAUUAUGCUAGCUCUACCAUAAGAAGAAUGGGUAUCUGUGCUGAACAUUUCUCACCCGAAAUGUUUAAACCAAACCGUACACAAAAUAUCAGUAGAAGGAAAAUGUUGAAAAUGGAUGCUGUACCUCAACCACCAAAAAAUAUAUUACAAAAUAAAGAAAAAAAAGAAGAGGAUGUACAUGAAAGACAGCUGGUGAGAGAAGAAAAGGAAAAAGGGAAUGAAGAAGGAGGAAAAGGGGACGAACAACAACACAACUAUCAACAACAGCAACAACAAAACACAAGAAAAGAAGAAGUAGCAGAAGAAGAAGAAGAAGAAAAAGAAUUACGUGUUAAUAAACCAGUGCUGAAUUAUACAAGAGUGCCAUUUACAUUUUGUGACAAUGAGGAUACAAUGCAAUGGCUAAUGAUUGAACCAGAAAUGACAAACUACAAUGUACAAAUUGAAAAUUCUCAAAAUAAAACAUUUUGUGAAAUGAAAUUGGAAAAUGAAUGUGUUCAGCUCAUGAAAGAGAAUAGAGAUUUAAAAGCACAAUUGAAAUAUCUGAAACGAAAAGUCAAACGAAUCAAAACCUCUAGAGAUCAUUUUUAUAACAAGCUGCGCAAAGUAGAGACUGUGGAUGAAUUUUUAGAUAGACAUGGGUGCAAAAGCAAUGUCGUAAGGACUUUCAUUAAGUUGCAACUGAAAGGUGAAAAUUUGUCAUAUACAACCGAAGAACAAGAUUUAGCAAAAAUGAUAUUUUACAAUUCUGCAUCUGUUUAUAAUAAGCUAAGGAUAAGUGGAUGUCAUUUACCAGCUGAGAGCACAAUACGGAGGUGGGUCUGAAUCUAUAAUUUAAAGAAAAAAAAAUGGAGAAGAGAUGGAAGCAACCAUUAGCAUAUUUCUGAGUUUUACCAGAAAUAGGAGAAAUGAAAAGUGAUGAAGUAAUUACAUUACUAAAAAUAUGCUUAACGCAAUCAAAAGAAAGUGUAGCACACGUACAAAUUUUAACAUGUGAUCAGUACUCAACUAAUCAGAAAAUAUAUAGAGAAUUAGGAGUAUUGAGGAAGGGUUCAUUUUCAUUUAUGGAAGUACAAUGUAUUAUGCGACUUUUGAUUUUCUUUAUCUAAUUAAACACUUACUUGUGCAAUUAAGAAAUCAUAAAAAUAUUAGGGGUAUGUUGGGAACGAAUUAUUGUAAUUGCUGGAUUGGUUGUUUAAGUUUUUUCAUUUAUUGUAUCGUUUUUCGUUAUAUGAACACCAAAUUUUUGCAAAUACAUCUUUUGAAAUAUGUCA